GGUCGCACUGUACAUAAAACAAAUUUAGUAAUUAUUAGUAUAAGUACUUGUACAUAGUGCCAAAGUUUCACUUUGUUUUUUACCUUUUUGUAUAUAAGUCACUCGUUUGGUAACGGAUGGACGUUGUGAUAAAAAUAGAUAAUAUGAAGGUUGCUAAUGGCCAAGUCGACAUGCCAUUUUUUGCUACUGAAGAGGGAAGAUAUCUGGCAUCCUCUUUAGGCGACCCUUUAAUUAAGGGCCUUACAGAAGUAGCUAACAAACGACCAGAAGAUCCAAUCGCUUAUCUGGCUCAGUAUCUCUACAACUUCGCUAAUACUAGAAGCAACCUCAAAUCAAGAGGACGAACACAAGAAAGCGAGUCGCAUAUAGUAUCAGGCUCGCCUCAACCAGCCAACGACAACAACUCAGUUCCCGCAACAAUAGACGUUGUAACAGUGGAACCAGACGACGACAACCCAGAAGACGAUUCGGCCUUCAAUAGCACGAGCCGAGAUGAACAUGGCCAAAGCAUGCUUCAUUUCGCUGCGGCGAGGGCACAUGGCAGGAACGCCUUGUUCCAACUGCUCCUGGAAACGGAAAUCAACGUGGCUUACAGAGAUGAACUGUACAGAACUGCCAGAGACAUCAGCAUCCAAGCAAACAUUUCGGAGAACACUGAAGAAAUAGACAGAUACGUUCUUCACAUCGCCUCCAAAGGUGACACCGAUAAACUUGUCGAGUUACUGCUGGAUGGGUACGAUCAUAUUACUGAUAUCGUUGACCAGGAUGGGGUACCGAUUAUGGAGGCUGUGGCUAAAGAAAAUCAGCCUGAUACGGUGUCUUUCCUGCAGUCGAUUUUGGCCUUUGAAGAGAAACGUGAACGGGUCCACCAUGCUAUUCGUCAGGGUUCAGUUAGUGAUGUUAUGAGUUUGUUGGCUGAUGAGAACGAUACAGGAAGCGGUAAACUGUUGUCGAUUGGCAAGAACAGUUAUGGAAGAUGUACUUUACAUAUUGCCGUACUGUGUCAACAAGAAGAGAUUGUUGAUUAUUUGGCCAACACAUUCCCCGACACCCUCAAACUUGGAGACAAUUUGGAAAGAACAGCUUUACAUUACGCUAUGGGUGUGGAGAAAAUGGAGACCAUAAGCAGAUUGUUGAUAAAAGCAGGAGCGAAACGCGUCACUAAAGAUUUAAAGGGACGACAACCGACUUAUUACUUCCUGAACAAGUCUGAGAUACUUAGACUGCAGGAAGAAGAGGAGACGUUUUAAUUCAGAGCCAAAGUGGCACAUGCAAGAGUCGUACUGAAUUAAGGAACCAAUUGGGAGAAAGGAAUUUUGUCUUGUAUGUGUUUUAUGAGUAUGACUGAUAGAAAAUUCUUAAAGGAAUGCAUUUAGAUAGACUGUUAGGAUUUGAUACUUGAGAGAAUCAUGUUUAAAAUUAAAAGUAUUUUUAUUAUAUUCAAUAUUUAAAGAAUAAAGUAUUACACCUAGUGUUUGGUUCGUUGUUUCGAUAAUUAGGUGAUACGUUUAGUCAUAAUUUACACUGUAGAUCAUGUGAUCAUGCAUUUCCUAAUAUUUUCCUUAGCAGUGAUAGUGGCAGAUGUACAAGAAAUAAUUAUUCGACUGCAGCACGGUCAAUAAUUAUUUUUGCAGUUAAUUAAUAUAUUAAUUAUAAGGUGGCUGAAUAAUAUUUGUUAUAAUUAUAUUUUAUAUGUAUAUGAAAUAAAUUCUUUAUUACUGUGUGUUAAAA